AUGAAAGUCCUGGGCCAAGCUGUGGAGUUUGACCUGGAUGAUGCCAUUCCCAAGCUGCAGCUCCUUGGGGACAAACAGAAAACAUUUGUCAUCGAGUGCUUUGAGCAGGUCAUUGACCUGGGCUCCACCGAGACCUUGUGGGGCCUCCUGCAGACGCCGCUUUGGGCAGCCUGCCUGCAGUCGCUGCUGUUCGAUGAGGAGCGGAGCCCCGCAGAGCUGGCCCUGAUGUACAAGAACGAAGGGAACGAGUACUUCAAGGAGAAGGACUACGGCAGAGCGGUGGCCGCCUACUCGGAGGGGCUGCGGAGGCGCUGCGGGGACGCGGAGCUGGACGCGGUGCUGCUCACCAACCGAGGGGCUGCACAUUUCCACCUGGGUAAUUACCGUUCUGCUCUAAAUGAUGCCAUCCAAGCCAAAAAGCUGAAGCCCACCCAUCUCAAAGCCAUCAUAAGAGGAGCUCUCUGUCACAUGGAGCUAAAGAAUUUCUUGGAAGCAAUAGAAUGGUGUGAGGAAGGCUUGGAUAUUGACCCAAAAGAGAAAAAGUUUGUGGAAAUGAGAGCUAAAGCUGACAAAUUGAAGCGAAUUCAGGAGCGGGAUGCCAGGAAAGCAAAGUAGAGCAAAAAAAAUUAAGUUAGAGCCAUGAUUCUUUCUGCAUUUCAGGAAAGAAAUAUCAAGCUGGCUCUUGAGCCUUCAGAUGAAGAAGAGGAAGUGUCAGAUGGCCUGGCUGAGAUAUCCUUAGAUGGGUUCCACCCUGACAGUGCCACAGGGGCAAAGGUGCACUUGGAUGCUGAUGGCAGCCUGAACUGGCCUGUCCUCUUCCUGUACCCUGAGCACGAGCAGACAGAUUUCACUGUGGCUUUCCAUGAGAACUCCAGGUUUAUUGAUCAUUUAAUGGUGAUGUUUGCUGAGUUACCUCCUUGGGAUUUAGAGAAAAAAUACCUUCCCAACAAUCUUGAGCUCUAUUUUGAAGAUGAAGAAAGAGAAGAAAUGUAUGAGGUGAACCCAGAACACACAUUGCUACAAGUGCUGCAGCAUGAAAGGUAUUUUGUAAAGGCCGGGACCCCGACAGUUUUGGUAUUUGCCAAGCGUUCUCCUUUCUCUAAAAAAUACUUCUCUGGCAAGAAAGUGCAUCGACUGUAAUGAGCAAGAAUGAAACAAGGAAUCCUGUGCAGGAGGCUGCUGUUGGUUAGCCCAGCUCCAGGCUGCAGAUUUCUGCUUGAACAAAAAUACCUUGCACUCUUCAGGGGAGGAAAAUAAUCUUGGCACACAGGGAAACUUCCAGGGGAGCAGCACAGGAGAAGGAAGGGCUAACAUGAGGGGAUAAUUUGUUUAAAAGGGAACCCAGCUGGCUUGCAGAAGGACUCUUCUAUGAUAGGCUGCAUGUGGUUUUGAAAUAAACCUGAAGCAGUGCCAAACACUGGCUGGGGUUGCAGUAACAGCAGCUGGGAAUGUACCUCCUUACCUGAGAAGAAUCACAGAUUUCCUCGGAGGUGGGCUGUCGCUGCUGGGGUUUAACAGUGGUGGCCUGGGGCGAUCCCUGCCUGUUGCAGUGGGGUGGAUGCAGUCAGGUUCCUGUUGGCUGUGCUGCUGGCCUGGGUACAGCAGUGCUCUUUGUUUGGAGCAGUGUUUGACUGACCCUUUUGAUACCUUCCUGAAAUGUCCUACAUAACCUGGAAUAAACAUAGCUAUUUUAAGCAGA